UAUUUGAUAGGGCUUCUUCCUAUACCUAUGAAUUCCAUUGGACCCAGAAAUGAUACAUUGAAAGAAUCCUUUGGGUGUUCCAAUAUCAAUAGGUUGAUUGUUUCACUCCUGUAUCUUCCAAAAGGAAAAAAGAGCAUACAACUCUCCGUUGUACUGCCCUCUCCAACUGUGCGUGUUCCCCCCUUCUUCCUUACCAUGAGAAUUUUGAAAAAACUUCGAUACGAAGAAAAAAGAAGGCGUUAAGAGACCCUCCUGGCCCUAGUUAAAUUCCGUAGGUGGUGUAGCUACUGAGAUCAAUGCAGUGAAUUAUGUCUCUCCGAGAAGUUGGUUAGCUACCUCUCAUUUUGUUCUCGAGUUCUUCCUAUUCUUGGGUCAUUUAUGGCACACGGGAAGAGCUCGGGCGGCCGCAACAGGAUUUGAAAAAGGAAUUGAUCGUGAUUUUGAACCUGUUCUUUCCAUGACUCCUCUUAAUUGAUGAUAAAAAGCUUAACACCCCUCAUUCUUAUUACUUUUUCAAUAUGACAGAAAUGAAAAGGUCCUCUUAUUUAAAACCCUAAUUAUGAAAUCCCUUCUCUCCCACUUCACACCGCGGAAUGCACCGUUCUUAUAGAGAGAGAGGCGCUUUCGGUUAAAUCUGACAACGGUCCUAUAAUCAUUAAUCACACUACUCCAAAAAAAAUUCGGGUAAAAGCAAAUACUUUUCUUAGUUCUUGGAUGGAUUAUCUAAUUUGAAAGAUAUAACGCUAUUUAGUUCGGACGAGUCUAGUUAAUAGCUCUUGGCAUAGGCCCCCCCGGCGGGGGGCCCGCACGACGGGCUAUUAGCUCAGUGGUAGAGCGCGCCCCUGAUAAUUGCGUCGUUGUGCCUGGGCUGUGAGGGCUCUCAUCCACAGCUUUUGGUCAAACCACAUGCGACCAACAACUUGGAGAGCCACUGAUACAGGGUUACACGAUUAUAACAAUGCUAGGCCGAAACUUCCUGACAUACUCAUUGAAACUUAGGUGGAAGGCGGAGAAGGCCCCCUUCCGGGGGAGGGGGGGGAGGGGUCCGUGCCAUCAGUGAGAUACCACGUGAGAAAGUCGACGGGUCGGAAAUGGCCGGGAUAGCUCAGUUGGUAGAGCAGAGGACUGAAAAUCCUCGUGUCACCAGUUCAAAUCCUAAAAAAAAGCUUUGAAUCCAUCUCUUCAAUUACUUUUGUCUAGUAUCUCAAAACAUACAUUAGCCAAAUGUAAAUUCUAGAGACAAAGUAUGGAAAGGUGUCUAUAACUUCUCUGUCGGGUCAUACCCCCCCACCCAGAGUAGCUAGGGGGGGAAGUAAAAUUAAUCCUUGUUCAUACAUUGGCUUCUCCGGUACGAAAUGAGCCACUUCAAAUAGGUUCAUUGUAGUCACUGAAAUUAAUUUAACCGUUCAAGUUUAGUCACUCCUCCGUUAGUUUCUGUUAAGUUCCGUUAAAUUGAGUCUGUUACUUGCUUAUGUGGCUAACAGAAUCGCCUAAUUAGCCUAAUUUAAUAUGGUAAAAAUUAAACCCGACCCGCCACGUAACCACAACCCAACCCAACCCACCCCGUGACUGGACUUGUGAACCAACCCUCUCUAUCUCUUCUCGUCCCCUAUAUUCUAUACAAUCUCUCUCUAUGUUUCGUCUUCUAUGUCGCCUCCACUCCCCAGCAAACCCGAUGUCGGGUAUUUGUCUGCUCUUGCCUCGAUCUGCUCUCGCCGAUCUCGUUGCAGAAUUUGGACCCAGACUCGCCGAGGCAAUGAAUGAAAUCUUGAACAAAGAUUGGAUAAAUGGAGGAGUGCUUUGAUUCGGAAAGAUCCGGGAGGAGGUCGCAGAUGCCAAAGUUUUCAGAUCGUCCCUUACUAGAGAGUCUCCUUGAUAGUGGGAGUCGAGCAACAACCUCUUCAACGUCGACGGAUAUUGAGGGUCGGAUUCCAAUAGAGAAGGACGACAGUUAUGGACUGACUGGGUGUUUGAUUUUGAGAGUAGAUGAACAGAAAGACAUUCAGCGUCCCAGGGAAACCCAGUCCUUUCGUCGGCCAUGCUAAAUCCCUCAGAAAUCCGGCAGGGUUCUGCGUCUCCGGCAACUACUGCGAGCUAGAUCUAGUGGGUGCGGGAGCAGGAGCUUCUCCGGGGAUAUGUUAGAGAGAAUCUAAACUAGAUUCUGUGAUUCCUAGCAGCAGAGGUUGUCAUAUUCCCCAUCAUCAUCUCGACCAAAGGAAUCUCCGGUAAUGGGGCCAAGGCAACAGAGCUUGGAGCUUGCCUCCACCGCUGGAGAAACAUUGGGGCAAUAAGUCUUCUCUCUUGCAACAAGAUCCAGCAAGAUUGUCACGGCUGGAGACCCGACUGGAUUUUAAGUGAAAAUCACGAGCGAUUUAGGUCCAGGAAAAGGAUGGUGGAGUUGGGGCUUGGGGUAGAAGACAAGUUAGUUUUUUUUUAGUUGGUUGGUUCAAUUGGUGGGUUUGUAUUGGGUUGGAUUAUGGUUUUAAUGACCUGGCGGGUUGUGAUGAUGUGGCGGGUCGGGUUUAGUGUUUUUCGAGUUAAAUCCAGCUGAUUAGGCGAUUCUGUUUGCCAUCUCAGCACUUAACAGACUCCAUUAACGGAAUUGGACGGAGACUAACGAAGAGUGACCAAACGUGACAUGUUUUACUAAAUUUAGUGACUAUUAUUGAUAUUAAAUAUUUUUAGUGACCAAACAUGAACAUUUUUUGCAAUGCCAGUGACCAACUAUGAAAUUUACCCUUUUAUUGCCAAAGCAAUUGUGGGAUUUAAUUCAACGAAUGGAUGCCUUAAUAGCAAAAUUUUUAAAAAGUCAAUUUAUCCUUAAUCUUUGCUUAGGAUAAAGUGUAUUUUUUUAUUUUAUGAGUGUGAAAUUUGAUUAUUUAGAAGACAUGCGUGGUGAGUUACAAAUGGAGCACAAAUACAUAUUUGAGAACGACAUGUUGUUAACUGAAUUCCGACCUCUCUAAUGUAGCCGGAACUUUAUAUACUCCUUUGAAAUACAACCUUAAAAAGCGAGAGCAACAUCUUAAAUGAUUUGGUACAAGGAACUUCCCCCAUAUGUGGCCUCUUCAAAACAGAUUAAACCUCGCGAGAUUGUCUGGCAUGAUUGACUUAGUCUAAAGUGGGAGUUUAUAGUGUGGAUUGCUCAAACUGUGUGGUUGGUUUGAUUGUCAUGAUUAUAUCUUACCUACUGUUGGUUGCUUAUGCUUCCUUAAUGACCAAUUAAGUCAAACUAAUCUUCAUUGACCAAGCCAUUACUAGUUGUUGCUACAUCUGUAUGAUAACUUACUUCGAUCUAUCUUAAAUUAACUGAUACUAAGUCGAUUAAUCAUUGAUUACAUAAUGCUUAGUGCACCCAAGGAAGCCUACUAGAAGGCUUUUUUUUGCCACUAGAUUCCUCUGAAAAAGAGGGAGAACAAUGUUCACAGAUACAGAGAACCUAUAUGCUACGUAACCAAGCAACAAAGUCGAACCUCAGUAAUAACCGAGGCGACAAAACUAGAGCAUGUCUUGCUACCGAAUGAGCUACUAUGUUAUUCAGUCUACCAACAAAGAGAAUUGAGGCGGAAUGAAGAUCGCGAAGCAGCAUAGCAAUCUCUUGAAGAAGAAUCCCUAUUUUGGCGUCACAAGUCUGUCUUGCAUGACAUUUCUCAAUAAGAACUUUAGCAUAGC